CAAGAUGGCCGCCACGUAAUAUUUUUUUCGAGAACGCAUCACAAACUUUUGGAGAGCUUAAAAGUUAGGGACAACUUCACCAAUUGGUAAAAUUUUGUAGUAUAUCAUUCAAAAGAGGUUAUAGCAUCGGACUGAGGCAGAAAGCAUGUGAUGGUUGGGACAGAGCUAGAAGAAAUGACGGUCGAAAUCAACAUAUUUGUUUGUGUUGUGUCACACAUGCCAAGUCACCGGUCGGUCUGAGUCAUCAUCACACUGACAGCUGGUACGGCAGAAGGUGUAUUGUCGUACCCUACAUCACAAGCGUCCGUGAAACAAGGAGACACAGGAAGGAAAGCUUUUCUUGUGGUGGAAGUGAGUGGUCAGAAGGAGAUGGCAGGCCACUUCAGAAGUUACGUGUGGGACCCCACUCUCAUCCUGCUACAGAUCAUCACAGUUCAGAGUGUGUUCUACGGAGGAAUGGGACUAUGGAUAUUCAUUAUCGACUUCUUCGCGGAUGAGAGUAGAUCGCUGGAUCAAAUAUUUUCAUAUGAGCUAUUAGACUUCAGAUCGUCCCGAGGCAGACUCAUGAUGGCAGCAUAUGUACUAAAUGCACUUACAGGGGCUUUAGGACUUUUAUUCAUAGUAGGAAGAGCGAAACAGUGUGUGGAUUUCACAGUGACAGCACAUCUAUUCAACGUCAUAGGCUGCUGGAUCUAUAACUUACACUUCCCUACGUCCUUAGUGUGGUGGCUGCUGAACAUUGUGUGUAUAGCUCUCAUGGCCGUCAUUGGGGAGUUUCUCUGCAUGAGACGAGAAAUGCAAUCCAUUCCCGUUAGCAUAGGUCAGAAGGUUGAUCUAUGACAUAGCCAACAAGCUGGCUCUUUUGUGGCAGACUUUGUGAGAAGUGACUCUGUGUGGACGAUCUGUUUCUGUGUGGGAUGGACAACAGCUGCACACGGAAGAUAAAGGAAAAGUACGCCCAGCACAGAUCACAGCUCUCUGGGAGAGCGUGGAAAUGGACCUCCUCCCACAGGCUGUGACAGACAUGCCACGUUAUUCUCAAUAAGAAUCAGAUCAUGAUUUUUAUUGCUAUUCCUAUGUGUUAACUUCAAUGAAUAUGAUGCUCAGGAGUUUCAGUACCAUGUUUUGUUGCUUUUGAAUGUGCCAUUGUCUUUAAACAUGAUAAUGGCAAAUGACUAUAGAGAAUUACUGUGACUUCCAUGCUCUUUCCACACCUUUAGACAUUUUAUCUUUAUCUUUACACUUGUCUGGUUGUCUCAUGCUAAUAUUCAGUGUAGAAAAGUCUACUUUGAUAAGUUGAAUUUGCCCACAAAAAGAAGGUCAAAGUCUCCAUGUGAAGCCAAGAGGGAGACCACAUAAUGAAAGAAGCAAAAGAUUGACAAUAGCUUGGACAGAAUUGGAGUAGACUUAUCUUCUCACAGCUAAUUGUACCUGAGCACUGUAUUUGUAAAGUAACCAGGAUAUAUUUUGUAAAGUUAUUCAAUAUGAUGUACAGAGAGUGUAUAUAUAUUAUGUAUGUAUCUAACAAAGUACAGAUCACAAUGUGUAGGUUCCUACAAAUAGUCAUGUUUGGAAAUUGGCUAUGUCACCAAUAUACAAGAGAUGUUGAAAUUUUGAUAGGCAAUGGUAUAUUCAAUGUAAUAUGCAUAGUUGGGUGCUAUCAAACAAAUGACUAAGGAGUAUUCUGUUUGUAUCUCUCUAAUCUGUGUUUAUAUAUGGACUUAGUAAGUAUUGAUUACUUGAAUAAUGUACAGGUUGAAAUGAAUACUUGACUAAAUACUCUCAUGUUAGUGUU